AUGUCUACGGCAGAUGUUCACCUUCGUGAAAUACUUUCUACUCUUCGCCAAGAUGACCUGGGUAAAUUGGCAAUCUUAAAAACUAUCUAUAAUGCUAGGGAUAAAAUUUGCUGUGAUAAUUUUCAGAGUUGUACACCAAUUCAGGCUCUUCUUGAUAAGCUUGUAGAAGGAAACUUUGAACAUGACUAUCAAUGUGAUCAAAAUGACAAUUUAACCCAUCUCUUUUUUGCAUAUUCUAAAUCAAUCGCACUUACCAAAACAUAUAACUCUGUUCUUUUAAUAGAUUGUACAUAUAAGACUAACAAGUUUAAGAUGCCAUUGCUUCACGUUGCUCUUAAUCAUGUUGCUCACAUUUUCGAGAAUGUUCCAAAGUCUAAAGUUAUUGUAACAGAUUGUGAAUUAGCCUUAAUGCAUGCUGUACACACUGUGUUUCCUGAAUCUCAAAAUGUUUUAUGCGUUUGGCACAUUGAAAAAAAUGUGCUGACUAGCUGUAAGCACCACUUUCAAAUAAAUGAUGAAUGGAUUGAAUUCAUGGAAUGCUGGUCUAACCUCAUAAAGUCUCAAACUGAGGCUGAUUUUGAUAAUCAGCAAAGACCAUCCGAAAUCAAAGAUGUUUUACAACAGAGGUGGAAAGAAUAUAGCCAGCAAUUUAGUACUCUAUCAGCUCACCAAAGAAGUGCAAUUAUAAGUAAGAUGCCAGACUUAUUCCAAGAAUCAACUACAGUCGUACAGAAUCCACAAGUAAGGCAAACAAGGGAAUAUCCAGUUGGGGCGAGAAACCAUGCUCAAUCAUCUACUGAAAGAGACCUAUCUGCUUUUGAAUUGGUUAAAUCAGGAAGAAAAUGUGGUAUAUGUCGUGAAUCCGGGCAUAAUAGUAGAACAUGCUCGAAUGCGGAAAGUACAAGUGAAGAUAGUGAGGCUUAA